AUGGCAGAAGUUCCUUCUCUGAUAUCUUUAGCCAUUGAAGCAGUUAAAAGAGAAGUAGUAGACGGAGAUGAUGAAGAUGAUUUGGUUUCGUCAUUGAGCAGGCCGUUUAAGGAAUGGGAUGAUUACGAGGCUCCUGAUGAUUGCUUGAAACAUGGGAGAAAGCGUGGAAGACAUGGAAACUUUGAUUCAGCAUGGAAGGCGCUGUUUAAGUUGCGCUGGCCUGAACUUUUUUAUCGUACUGGGACAGUUGACUGGCUACAGAUAUACUGGCAAACACAUUUGCAGAAUUGCCUUGAUGAAGCAUCGGAGUUAGCUUUGCUCCCCUCUUUUGAUGGGUGCAUUGGUGAGAUGAAAAUUUCAGAUGGUAUACUGAAAUAUAUUGGUUGCGAGGAACAUGCAAAUCAUCCAAACUAUUCAAAAUUAUCAUACCACUGUCAACAGUUUGGGCACUAUGCUAGCUGUCUGAGACUUCCAAAUGUGCUUUGUGUUGCAGAAACUUGUGUUGAUGGUUUAUGCAAACUGUUGAUCCAAAACAGUGAAACAUUGACAUCACUGGAGCUCAAUUACUGCAAGCUUUCAUCAACUUUUGUGAGUGCAAUAUGUGCUUCUCUAAACAUAGUUAAUACGCACACACAUGGAAUACGGUCUUUGUGUUCUCUGAAAUUACAUGACAACCAUCUAGACCGGAAUUUUGCAUGGAAGCUUUUUAGCAUUCUUCUUGAUGCUUCCUCUAAUCUAUCCAUCCUUGAUCUUUCUGACAACAAUAUAGCAGGAUGGCUUUGUAAUUUCAAUGGGAAAUGGAAAGGAAAAAUUCCAUCAUCUUUAGGAAUAGGGAAGUCUUUGCACUCAUUACGUGUGCUCAAUAUAAGGGGAAAUGAUCUUCAGAAGGAUGAUGUGGAGAGUCUUAGUUAUGCACUUGUUUCUAUGCCUAACUUGGAGGUCCUGGAUAUAAGUGAGAAUCCCAUCGAGGAUGAUGGCAUCAGGUUAGUUGAAUCUCCUUUUGCCACAUGCACUUUCAAUGUAGCAGGCAAAAAUCUAAAAGCUGCAAUUGAACUUUGCAGAUGCUUAAUCCCUUAUUUCAUCGAGGCUCCUGAAAGAUGCUCUCCCUUGGCUGAGUUGUAUUUAGAGAGUUGUGAGCUUUCCUGCAGUGGAGCAACUGAACUUUUAGAUACCCUUUCAAACUUGAAAAGACCACUAAACUCUCUCUCACUUGCAGAUAAUGGCCUUGGGAGUCAAGUAGCAGGAGCUUUGCAAAAAAUUUUGGUCACGCCUAUUAAAACACUUAAUGUUGGAGGCAUUGGACUGGGUUCACUUGGGUUUAAGGAACUAGAAAAGGGGAUGAUUGCAGAAUUGAAGCUUGUUGAUAUCAAUAUAAGCAAAAACCGUGGUGGGCUUGAAACUGCAAGAUUUUUGUCGAAGCUCUUGUCUUUGGCUCCAGACAUUAUUGCCAUCAAUGCAACAUACAAUCUCAUGCCUUCAGAAUCUCUAACAGCUAUAUGUUCUGCACUGAAGCUUGCUAAAGGUAGUCUUGAGCGUUUGGACUUGACUGGUAAUACCUGGGACUAUCAGCCAAAUCAUGCUUCAAUGGUUGCUGAAUUCCAACAUAAUGGAAGUGGAAGGCCAAUCUUAAUUCUUCCAUCAUCUUUUGCUGUGGAUGUUCCUUAUGAUGACGAUCCCUAG